AUGUCUCGCGAAUCACUGCAAGAACAUGGUGGAUGUCGAAUUGGAGGCUUACCUCGGAUCCAAUGCAUGAGUUGUGAGUUAAUAAUCUACUAUUGACCUUUCAGUGCUCGCAUGAUUGAAACUUGCAGCUAGUCUCGCCUUUUGGAGCUUAGAGAGCUUCAUAUUCAGAUCUGUCGAUUUAGAAAUUCCUUUUUACGUGUACUAUUAUUUGCCAAGGGAGGAUAGAGGGUUUUCUUCCCAGCAUUUACAUACUGCAGUUUUAUUGACUGGAACAAUUGUGUUUAGAAAUCAGUUCUACGCUAUCGUGGUUUUAUUUAAGCCUUUCUCCACAGUUCAAUGUUUAUUAACUGUUUGCACUGAAUGCUUGUCAUAAUAUUUGACAUGGAAAGGAAAACUACCUUUGGAUUUUCACAGAGCUCACUUCGACAUCUGUGUAGAAUAAAUAGUCAAAAAAAAGUAGUGUUAAAAUAGAGGAGAGAAAAUAGCAUGAAGAAACCUACGCGACAUGAAAACAAAACAACCAAUCAGGGACGUCACUAUCAAACUAAGAGUAAUCGCAGUAUUGUAUUAUAGAGGGGCUUUAAUAAUGAUAUUUUCCAAGAGACCACAAGGAGUAUGUUAUCGGGCUGGAGUUAAAUAUCAAUAGUAGAGCAGCUUACUUGCAAGAAGUUAGGUUUUGUAUAAUUUCAAUAAUAUUAUUGCUUGUGCUGGGAGUGAUAUGUUGGAACAGCUGGGUCUAGGUUUUAAACUUGUUUUUGAGGUAGUUAUAAUAUUGGCUUGUGGAGAAUUAAACGUUUGAUAAGGGAAAAGUGAACUUUUAUACUUCCGAAUUUCAAUGGUCAGAAUCGAUCUUUAACUUUAAUUUUUUACUAUCAGUAUUUCCGGAUAGUUUGACAGGGGCAAGGAAAUACAAUAUUUAUGUUUUGCUAAAAUUGAUUUGUUUAAGAAAGAAUCUGGCACACCCGUUUUGCAACGCGCUUGUCUACGAUUGUUACUCCUCAUACUGAAUAACUGAAUAAACGCCAAACCCUUCUAUAUUUGUUCUCAAUCUUGCAAGAUUAUUUCGCUGCAAAUGUCAUAAAAGAGCAGUAUGAGGUGCCCUUAUCUUAGUCAUUCUUAAGCUGGCGCAAAUCUAACAAUUCCAUAGCUGUAAUAACAUAAUUUUGUUUUACUUUGUAAGAUACUCGCGUAUUUCCGUAAGAUCUCAAUGACGAGAAUCAUAGAUUGACAAAUACUAAUCUAUUUCUUUUUAAAAAAAGAAAAUUCUUAUGAAAAAAAAAAUGUUUACGCAUGAUAUUGAAGUUAGUGCAACGAAUUUGGGUGGAGUCCGUGAUACCUGUCUCUCACCUGCCAUUUGUUUAUGUUUCAGCAAGUCAGCCCGAGGGUGGUGAACUGGGCAUAUGUGGAAUCGUCAUAACGGUUUUGUGUUACAUUCUUGUAGUCAUCACAUUCCCAUUUUCACUGUUCUUUUGUUUGAAGGUAAGCAAGCGGAAAGCACUAGAUUGCAUCGACCUAAACGAGAUUCAGUGAUCACUGGUUAUAGUGAAAUCAUGGGUUUGGCAUGGGUGCUCAUUCUUGCGGGCUCACAGUCGACGCAUCUGAAACUUUUCUUUAUCAAAGUAUGGCUCAAUGCAAUGGGUUAGCAUUUUAAGAGACUUUGAUUGCGGUUGGGAUAAGAAUUUAGAUUGAGGUGCGCGUGGUGUCGUGGGAUGGAACGAAACCAGGAAAAGUAGAUACUUCCUUAUUUUUCCUGCUUCUCUUCCCAUAAUUCCCUAGGUGCCACUUUACACAGCUAAUAACGACAGGUUACAAGUCUGUAAUCGUAAACAGAUCAGAUUCAGUUACGAGGGAGCUCUGUUGUGAGAUCGUAGACGAAAACUAUCUGGUUUCUUUCGGGCCAAUGAAAUUGAAGGCAAUUCUAUUUAUAAACAUGUGAAAAAGAACGAAAUUAAGUUCCGACUUUUCGCCGACAUCACGACGCAAUUUUCAAGGAAUGGAAAUAAAUGCGAGUUCAAAUGGAGUUAAAGUACUCAGUUGCAUGAAUGAACAGAGUUAGUUAUUUUUUACAUCUUUACGUUUCUCCAAAUCAUUAUUAAUAAUAUAAGAUAUCUAUUUAUCUACCGUUAAAAAAGGCUAUUUUAAUCAAACAAGCAAAUGAGCAACACUUACUUUUUGACCUUCAAUGCCGAUGGGUUUUUAACUUUCACUAAGAUAAACUGUCAGUAUGUAUUUUUUAGAAAAAUAGCAUAAUGCGAGCAACUUACAUCCUAGUUCAACGAGACCUCACCAAGAAGCAAUAUUUGUAAGCUAAGUGACGUUUAUUAAGGAAGUACUUGAGACUUAUUUUUUAUUUUAACCAGAUAGUGCAAGAAUACGAAAGAGCCGUAAUAUUCAGACUAGGAAGAAUUCUCCCCGGCGGGGCCCGGGGACCAGGUGAGAAAAACAACAAAAAAAACAGCACUCGUUAGCAAAGGACCCUGGCUUCCAAAGCGGUCGGGGACUGAGCACAAGAACUUCUGAUUCUCGCUAAUAAACUGACUUCGUUUUAUAAGGUCCGGAAUGAAUAUAUAACACUUGGCUAACCUUAGCAUUUCGUAAUUGUUUUACUUUAAAAACAAACAAACUAACUAAACAAAACUACCCAAAGGUUUUGUUUUUAUUGUUUUACUUGAACUUUGUAAAUAUUUUGGCCAGGUUUAUUUUUCGUCCUUCCCGCAAUUGAUAAGUACAGCAAGGUGGACCUACGAACUAUAUCCUUUGAUGUUCCACCUCAGGAGGUACACAUUUUCAUUUUUAUAUAUACAUAAUUCUUGAAUUAAUUACUUUUUUUCCACAGGGCUUUUAUGGCUGUCUAAAUGUGCUAAGUUAAAAACUUCCUUUGCUUUCACGAAUUCCAAUCGUACCAGAGGAGCACGCUAUUUCCCUUCCCUCAUUUGUGGUGCGAUGACAAUAAUACGCCGAACAUGCGCACCAUCUCGCAAUUUAGAGCUCUUAUUAAAAUAUAGCAUAGCGGCUUGAUUUAGCCUGUGCCAGGCCCUCCCUGACUUCUACUCGGCUUUCGUUCAAUUGUUCUCGUUCCUGGAACAGGUUAAGCACGAUUCUUCUCUUGGUUAUCUGAAACCAAAACAUUUUUCGACUAUCUAAAAGCACUUUCUUGUUCUCACAACCUCUCUACUGAAUGAAGCUUUGCCUUGAAAACUUAACUAAGUUUUGUGUUUCAGUUAUCAACUUAUCUUGAUUCAAAAUUAACUUAAAGUAUCUUAUUAGCUAAUUUCUCAUCAUAAAGUUCUUUCAAUUGAUUGGCUAGGCUCUGACACGUGACAGCGUGACAGUUACUGUUGAUGCAGUGGUAUAUUUUAGGAUCCAGAAUGCCACGGUGUCAGUGACCAACGUUGAAGAUGCACGAGGUUCCACCAAACUGCUUGCCCAGACUUCUUUGCGAAACAUGAUAGGCACAAGGAAUCUCAGCGAUAUCUUAAUGGACAGGGAGGGGCUGAGUGCGCAAAUGCAGGUAAACAAAUGCAGUUUAUUUUCUCUUACCGUGGCUGCUAUUUCAGCUGAUAUCUUAAUAAAUAGAUAAAGUUGUUCAAACGGGGAAAGCCUGAAUAGAGAUGGCCAUGGCUGUAAUAAACCAAAGCGAUCACAAAUAUGCUACUACGGCCAAACAUUUAAUCUGAUCACAAAAAAGAUUAUCGAACGCAGAAUACUGCGUUUAAACUGUCAAAAAGCAGUAGAAAUUGAAAAAAAUCCUUCAUGUCUAAUUAGGAGCAUGCAUUGACGGAGUUGCUUUGUGAAAAGAGUUGGAUUACCAGGCGUGAAACCAAACGACAAACGACAAACGACGUGCGAGCUCUUUACCUAUAUUGAGUGACCUUAAAAUAUUUGAAAGCAAAAUAAGAAAAGACAAAAAGGGGCCUCAGAAAAAACCAUAACUUGCGUAAAAAAUUGUUAUUUGAUAUUUUCGUCUCAUAUGUUUGUAUCCUUAGUCAUUCCUUGAUGACGCCACUGAUCCCUGGGGUGUCCGCGUGGAAAGAGUAGAGAUGUGA